AUUCUCUGCAUCAGCUUUACCUUUCUCUUCUGCGCAAACUACUGCAUCCUCAUUAGCCCGAGCCGCCAAUUCCGCUGCUGCUACUUUAGGGAAGACGACGACUGCAAUUCGAGUGCGCAGCCCCUAGCCAUGUCGAUCGCUUCCUCAUUCACACCCGCAUUACGACUGGUUACCCCUUCGCACUCCAUCUCGCAACCGCUGACUUCAAGCCAGCGGUUGAAGUCUGCUGAACUGACUGUCACAUGCCAAGCAAUUCCCGAAUUCGCGAAUGUCGCCGCAGUUCGCGAUUCCGUGCCAACACCAGCCGCGGAUUCCGUCCUGUCUGCUUCUUCUGUCGAUUCGAGUACAGCAAAUGCUGACGCCAGCAUGACGAGACGCGUCAUGCUCUCGUCGCUCGCAUUGCUGCCAGCGCUGGAUUCGCUGUUCGGAUCCAAAAAUGGAGGUGCUGACGUGGCACUGGCGCGGGAGCGGCGGACGAGGAUCGACAUUCCCCCGGAGAUGUACCAAGACGGAGAGAGUGGGCUGCGCUACUACGACGUGGUGGAGGGCAAGGGCAAGCUGGCGGAGAAGGGCGAGCCGGUGGUGGUGCACUUCGACGUCACCUACCGCAGCCUCACUGUGGUGUCCAGCAGGCAGUCCAAGCUGCUGGGCGGCAACCGAGUCAUCUCGCAGCCAUACGAGUUUUCGCUGGGCGCCAAGCCGGGCGCGGAGAGGAAGCGCGAGUACGCAGAGUCGGCCAACGGGCUGUUCUCAGCGCAGGCUGCUCCCAAGCCGCCAAAGGCGCUCUACGCUGUCGUGGAGGGCAUGCGCGAGGGAGGCAAGCGCACCGUGAUUGUGCCUCCAGAGCAAGGCUACGGCGACAAGGGCUUUGCUGAAAUACCUCCCGGCGCCACCAUUCAGCUGACCGUGGAGCUGCUGGAAGUCAGGGUCCCCGCAUCGUAGCCCUCUUGCACGGCCACGGGCACCACCAACCGCGCUAUGGUCACCAAGUUGUCUCGCUCUUACUGUGUUGCCUGUUGUGGUAUUAGCUUAUAGGGGAGUGGAGUCGAUAGCUUGGAUCCACAGGGGUAUUAUAGGUGCAAUCUUGUCCCAAAUCCUCAAGUUCCCAUCUCCAUUUUUUUAUGGUGCCAUUUACACUUCGAAAUCAAAGAUUUGCACUGCUGUGCCGCUCCAUUGGGACAUUUAUGCAAGAAUUCAUGUGA